CCUCGUUCCGAGCGCAGCGAGGCCUGGAUUCCCUUUAAUCGAGAGAGAGAGAGAGAGUCGGAGAUGUCGGGGAGAGGCAAGGGAGGCAAGGGGUUGGGGAAGGGCGGGGCGAAGCGGCACCGCAAGGUCCUCCGCGAUAACAUCCAGGGCAUCACUAAGCCCGCCAUCCGCCGCCUCGCGCGCCGCGGCGGCGUCAAGCGCAUCAGCGGUCUCAUCUACGAGGAGACCCGUGGUGUCCUCAAAGUCUUCCUCGAGAACGUCAUCCGCGACGCCGUCACCUACACCGAGCACGCUCGCCGGAAGACGGUCACCGCCAUGGACGUUGUCUACGCUCUGAAGCGCCAGGGUCGCACCCUCUACGGCUUCGGCGGUUAGGGUUAGGUCCUUUUUUUUUUCAUGUCGAAAAGGAAUUAGAAAAAGGAAAACGAGGGUUGUUAUCUUUGUUCCUUGUGAAUGUUUUUGUGAUUUGAUGGCGGUAUGGGUUGUAGAAUAUUGUUAACGGAAACGGUUUUCUUGCGAUAUAAAAAAUAUCUGAUGAUCUUUUCCACGUGA